CCGGGCUCAGUCUUGCUGUGCUCUUUCCCACCGAGGUGUGUGUCUCCCUGGCUGCUCCGGGCGGAGGUGGGCCCCUCCAGUCGCGGGCAGCGGCCACUCUGGGGACGCGACAGUCACCGAAGCGGCGGGCGAGCUGCUCCCGGUCUGCCCACGUGCGGGGGACACGCAGGGGCUGCCCGGAGUCGCGCGCCUGGACUGGGCAGCAGGGAAGGACCCGGGGGUGGCAGGCGAGUCCUCGCGUGCGGAGGGUGUUGAGGCAGGGGCCGCCGGGCAAAGUGCGCGCGGGCUGCCGUCCUGGCCACCGCCAAAGCCAUGGCUUCCAAACUCCUGCGCGCGGUCAUCCUCGGGCCACCCGGUUCUGGCAAGGGCACGGUGUGCGAAAGAAUCGCCCAGAACUUUGGCCUCCAGCAUCUCUCCAGCGGCCACUUGUUGCGGGAGAACCUCAAGACCGGCACGGUUGGUGACGUGGCAAAACAGUACCUAGAAAAAGGUCUUUUGGUUCCAGAUCAUGUGAUCACACACCUAAUGAUGUCAGAACUGGAGACUCGGAGUGCCCAGCACUGGCUGUUAGACGGAUUCCCGAGGACAUUAGUGCAGGCAGAAGCACUAGACAGAAUCUGUGAUGUGGACCUAGUCAUCAGUUUGAAUAUUCCUUUUGAGACACUUAAAGAUCGUCUGAGCCGACGGUGGAUCCACCCUUCUAGCGGAAGGGUCUAUAACCUGGACUUCAACCCACCUCAAGUGCUGGGGAUUGACGACAUCACUGGUGAGCCACUUGUCCAACAAGAAGAUGAUAAACCUGAAGCGGUUGCUGCCAGGCUGAGACGGUACAAGGAUGCGGCAAAACCAGUCAUCGAACUGUACAAGAGCCGUGGAGUGCUCCACCAGUUUUCUGGGACGGAGACUAACAGAAUCUGGCCUUAUGUUUACACACUUUUCUCCAACAAGAUCACACCUAUUCAAUCCAAAGAAGCAUACUGAGCCUGCCAUGGGGAGAGCCAAGAAGACAUGGUCGCCCACUCAAUCAUGCGUGUAGUCUUGGUGCCCUGGCCAGAUUAGAAGCCAGCUGAGAUAGCUUGCAGCAUCUUUUCUAGUUUAAGUGAUGAAGUAAUGAGGAAAAUCUAGUAGGUAGAAAAAGAGUUCAGGAAGAAGGAAACCCUCCUCUGCCUUUGAAAAGAGGCUCUGCAGGUGCAUCACGCCCUUCACAGGAACGAAUAUAGACUGGAUUUCCACCAGUGUUGAGCCAUGUGCUAGCUAUCAGAGCCUUUUUGCAUGCAAUGGUGGGCUCUCUGGUUUAUCCCACCUCCCACAGGCUAUGAAACCACAGCACUGAAUGCCUGAGAACUUGAAGGGCUCUGGUCCUGGCUUGUCCAUUGCCAUACGCUCUGACAAUUGACGCUAAUUGCACUCAGUGGUUGCUUUUCCCCAAUGACUGUUUCUCCCUGGCUCUCCAGACAUCCUCGUUUCUCUUGUCUGAAUCUUCUCACCUGCUUGCUCCCUUCUCAGGCUAUUCAGGACCAUGAUAGCUUCUGCAUUGACCCCUCCAGUUUCCUUUAUACAAACCGAGAAGUAGGUGACUGAAUUCAGUCUUCUCCUCCUUUCUGGGAGCUGAUCCAGGCAGAAGGCUUACUUGGUUUAAACAGCAGCUCUAUCUUGAGCCCACUCUGUACCUUUUAAUGUUUAAAAAAGAUUCCCCUGAAGUCUUCAGGGUUCUCAAAAAACAAGGGAAAUGCUUACUUACAGAAAUGUGGGGUGAUUGUAUCUUCUGUAGAGAAGUAGUAGUAUUUGUAUGGAAAUCACUGGACUAAUGAGAUGGUUGGGUUCAAGGCAAGAUGAAUAUUGAACAUGCUGCUAAAUACUAACGCUGUCAGUGUUUUUCUUCUGUGAGUGACUCACCAGACGGUAAGAGGUCAGUAAAGGGAGCAAGCCUGAGGGCUUGGAGCAUCUUGCACUAGAUGUACACAGCACCUGCACUGAGUAAGACAGCUUUACCAUUUUUGAGAACUCAGAAUCCUUUUGCUUGUUUUCUUCCUAUUCCAAAGAUGCAGUCUCUAGGUGGCCAUAAAGUCCAGAAAGGAAGAUACCAAUAUCUUGUCAGUCAUUAUGUGUCAAGAAAGCAUUUGUAAGGCUCACCUCCCUGGAUACCAGACUUGUCAGCCACCUUGUUAUAAUUAUUACUCUUCUCUGGGAAGAGCACGGAAGUGUCUUCCCACUGCCUUAAAAAGGUGUCCUGCAUCCGCCUGUCCCCAGGAGGUGGUCCUCCAUUACUGGUGGUGAUUUAGUGUGCAUCUCAUAGUCUGUCUGGGGUCAGGGUGUGGGGUCGGCUUAGCACUUUAGUGGUAUUGAGACAUUAUUCCAUUCUGAAGAUGUCGUGUGAAUCCCUAGUCCAUUCACUGCGUGUGUUCUGUGCUCAUGGCUCUGUCUGCCUUCCUCUACCGCCUGGACUCUUGUGGUCCCUCUCUGUCGUUUUUCAUCCGCAUGUUCUGUGUCUGCCUUAGUGGAGACGCAGGCCAGCAUCCCCCACUCACGUUCUCAACACAGAGACAGAAGCUUCUGGAGUGCCGCGGUGCAUGGUGCAGGUCUGUGACUGUCUGGGCAUUGUCACGAUGAUGAUCACUUUGGAAGCUUCCAUUUGGAUGUCACUUGGUAGGGGUUGGGUGAUAAAAGCCCAGGCUUCCUGGAGGAGCAGGUUGGGAGUGGGAAACCCUGAGAUACGAUUCCCAGGAACCAAGGGAAGUAGAGAGUUAAAGGGAUUCAGGUAAUUCAAGAGAGAUGCGAACACUUCAAACUUACUUCUUCAUCUCUUCUAGCGUCUGGGGAGAGCAAUGGGGUGUGAGCAGGCCCUUGCCUGCACACUCUUGUUGCUCUCUGUAUUUCAAGCUCAGUAGCCAGACUACGGCAAUCAGCACUGGGACACCAGGGUCAAAAGAGCAGCAAGGGGCAACAGCAUCUUUCCCAAAGUCCUGGGUGAUUUCAUGUCCAUUGGUGGAAAGGUGUUCUCUGCAGCAGACAUGGCUGUUCUUUCCUAAAUGAUUUUGUGGAAAUGGUCAUUAAUACUGGAAGUGUCUUGACAAAGGUGGAAUGGGAGGAGCGGCUUUUCCUUCUGAAGCCACACACGGCCAAGAGUCUGGGUGGUCUCCUGAGAUUCUGACUUUACCUUCACAGGCGCCUCGUUCAGUUUGCUCCCCACAACCCUCUUGCUUAGAACUUGGGAAAGACUGCGUGUUUAUUCCUCCAGUAUUUAUGAUAAAAAGGUGCUAUGAAGGAGGCCUUCUGAGUGAAGUGCGCGCUCUCAGGACCUUUAUACGCAUUGUGGUGAAUCUUCCCAGGCACACCCAAUAUUUCCUAUAAACAAGAGUCCAGGAAACGAAGUCUUGCCCAGGCUCUUUGUAUGAGUAAACAGUAGAGCUAUGACUCAGUCCCAGGUUUUCCUGCUUCAGAAUCCUUUGACUUUUUACUGGAUGUUAGCUGUUUGUCUUGACCUAAGCAACCUGGGGCCAUGAGCCUGCUUAGGUUUGCUUGAGGGCUCAGGGAGAGUGGCUGCAUGAGGCUAUUUCUUUUAUACUCUUUGCCUGAGCAAAAGGAGUUGCUAAAUAUAAGGCAUUAAGGCAGGCUGGGUUUGGACCAGGCUAAUCUGCCUCAGUUCUAGGUGUCAGGAAGCCAUAUGAAGGAAAGCUGGCAUCUAUUGAAACAUUAAAUUUAACUAUAAAUGGUACUCUUAUUUUUGGUGUGGCAAACUGCACAAUUCUUGCCAGAAUAAAUGCCAUCAACUGCCUCAGGGCACUCCUUGGUUUGACCAUUCUGUAUGUGGUUGAGUGUGAGGGAGACAGGCUAAGUAAGCCAUUGCCCAGACUCUACAUAGACUCCCUCUAGUGACAGACAAUUGUAGGAAGCACAGUGUCUUUUCUUUCAUUGAAAGGCUCUUGUUUAAAACUUUUGCAAGAAGUACUGCACCUUCUCUCUGGGAUUCAGGAAAAGAGAAGAAAAAUGGAAAACCCCAGGCUUUGUGUGAACUGCAAGAAAUGGUAGGGCUCAAGGCUUCUCUAGUUUUAUGAGAACUUGUACUACUGAAUUUGCAAAUUUUGUUUUUUGAGCUGGACAGAUCUCUGGGGGACUAUGUUGAGCUAUAAUGGCAUUUCACUGUGAUCCCCCGAGUUCAAGCCAGUCUUCAACUCAGUGUUGGCUUAAGUUUCCCCAGAGCUGACACGUCAGCUUUUCUUCAGUGACAGUUGGUGUUCCUCUUGAUUUUGGUAUAUGUGCUUAAUUCAGAGUCUAUUCUGUAUACACUAUCCUAACUAUUCAUUGUAUUAAUUGAUUUUUUUUUGUUAUCUUGCUUGAAGAUUGAUUUGUAUUGAAUUUGAUAGAAAUAAACAUUUUUCUGCUUAAUAUA